AUGAUGCCCGUCGGUCCACGAGUCUCAAAGGAGGAAUUCAUGCACGCGCUUGGCUUGAACCCGCAGGAUCCACAACAUGAACAAUAUUACCGUGCCAUGCGAGACGAAGCAAUCAUGGUCUACAACCGCAUGAAUCAAGAUACGUCUCACCUCCUCGACAGCGUCCGCGCCGACCCAACUACUCGCCCUCCAUUCUUCUGGCACCAUAUCCGACCAGACUACCAACGUUGGGCAAUCAUGGAGAUCUGGCGCAAUGCGGGUCCUCUCACGCGCCCAUUAUUCGACCGCGGUGGUACCAAUGGCGAGUACGGCCCUAACUGGGUUGCUGGGUGGUUGUUGUACAGCGUUUUCCGCUCGCGUGAUGUGCGCAAUAACCGGAAUCGGAGGAAGGGAGAGAAUAACGGAGCUGUACCUGAAUCUGACAAAAGGGGUAAGCAGAUGGAAGAGACGGCGUCACCGAAGAAGGGCUAUUACGACCCGGUGCGGAAUGGGACGCUUUAG